AUGAAGAGCCCAAUUUCUCUUAAACUUCACAGAGUAAAUCUCCGACGGUUCUUGGUACGGAACUUCGAGAUCGCCGGCAGCAAUAGCGGCGGAGACAUCGUCAUCAACGGCGGAGAUCUUGACGAACCGGAGCUUCUCCGUCGCAAGACCAAGAGUAAGCUUAUGACAACGACGUUGAUACUUGAAACCAUUGAUGCAACGAAGUGUUUGUGCUACUGA